GAAAACGUGCCACGAAGCCCUCCCAAAAGUCCCGCCGGCUUCUCCACAUGGCGGGACGCUAGGUCGCCGGGGUGAGCAUGCGGCACUGGGCCGGUGUGUCCAGCUGGUGGCGCCGCUGAGCGAGCCAUGGACGAGUUUAGCGGCAGGACGUACGGCACCAGCGGCCUGGACAACAGACCUCUGUUUGGGGAGACGUCAGCACGGGAUCGCAUCAUCAACUUGGCAGUGGGAGGAUUUACGUCCCUGGUUGUGCUGGUGACCGUCGUCAGCUCUUUUGUUUUCCCGUCGUUGCCUCCGCGGCCGCUCAACGUUUUCUUUGCCGUUUGCAUCCUGCUUGCCUGCGGAUCCACCAUUUUGCUGAUCUUCUGGUACCGCCAAGGCGACCUGGAGCCCAAAUUCCGCAACCUGAUCUACUACAAGCUGGCGUCCAUUGUGUUGCUGUGUCUUUGUGCCAACCUCUACUUCCACGACGUGAGGUGAGAGCCGGCAGCUGGAUGGGAUGGGACGGGACGGGACGGGACGGAACGGACCCCCUCUCCCUCCUCCCCCCCGAUGGUGGAGAAUGGACGCGUUUACACGCCGCACAACACGCAAGGAAAGCUCCACUCAAAACGUGGUCCUCACGUCACUUUGUGUUUUAUGAAGGUCUCGCACACGUGUGCACAACAUUCCGGUCAGUCGGCCCUUUAACGCCACGGCUUUCUUUUUCACGGAUUAUUGUAACCGUG